AUGGCAGAUAGCUUCUUCACAUUACAUUGCGCCGGACAGGAUGAUCCGAUAUAUAUCAGCGAGGUCGUAGAAAAGGCGAUGAAUCCUACGUUUCGAUCUUUCGACUUGUCUUCAUUUGGUCCUGCGACGACGCGACUCGAUACUGUUACUGUCAAGAUAUGGGUUAAACGACAAGACUUCGUUCCGCUGAUCGAAGAGGAAGUUAAUCUUCAGUCUUUACAGUUCUUAGGACGGCUGGAGAACCACCCUUUCCCCUCAAAUUCAAUUAUUUUCCAACUCGCAGAUGGCAUAUAUACCAUUGAUCUCACUUCCAAACUACCUCGGCCGAGGCCUAGCAUUGCUCUUCCAACCUCCUCCUACAACGCACUGAUGCGCCUCUCGAACCUCGAUGAAUCCAUCCAAGAUGCUUUAGCUACUCGCGAAGAACUUACUUCUCAAAUAAACAACAUUCUUACUAAUAAUACUUCUCCAUCAAUAUCUCUACCCCUUGCCCAAGAAUCCUUUACCCUUGCCAAACGCUACGUCACAACUUCUCGCAGACUGCUUCAUCAAUCCCAACAUCGCCAAUCUGAACUCAAAGCAUCCAUCUCUUCUCGACGAGCCGCCAUCUCAUCCGGUUACGCCGUCCAGUCAGCCGCUGAGUCAGAUGUCCAGAACGCUCAAGAACACCUCAACAAUUCUCGCGCUCUCCUCACAAAAACCAACUCCCUCAUCCGUGGCCAACGCCGUCGCAUUUGCGAAGAACUCAUCCAAAUAUACCCCAUUGAACCCACAUCUCACCCUCUUCUCUUUACGAUUUGCGGUCUCCCUCUUCCAAACACUACUGAAGAUGAUACAUCUUCUGCCGACGAGGAUGUCAUAGCCGCCGCUCUAGGCUAUGUCGCUCAAUUAGUUAAUCAUCUCCAAUACUACCUAGGAGUGCCCCUCCCAUAUCCCAUCACACCCCAGGCUUCUCGCUCCCUCAUCAGCGACCCCAUAUCUCUGAUGCAAGACCGCCAAAGGGUAUUCCCCCUCUACCCUCAAUCUGUCAUCCGCUUCCGAUUCGAUUGGGGCGUAUUUCUCCUAAACAAAAACAUCGAGGCACUAGCCGAAUCCCAAGGCCUCCGCGUCCUAGAUAUCAGACAAACAGUUCCUAAUCUAAAAUAUCUAUUAUACGUCUGCAGUGCUGGCUCCGAAGAACUACCAGAGAGGAAGAGAGGAGGAGUAAAGGGAUUACUGGUUGGGGGUGCUGGGACUGUAAGGAUGGGGAGUAGAAGGGGAAGCGAAGACAGUGCAGGAAUGACGGGAGUAGGUGAUGCGGUUAGAAAGGCAUUAGAACAUGGAAAUGGAGGGACGGGACCUGGAUCCGGACUGGAAAACGCUACUGGGAAUGGGAACGGAAAUGGAAAUGGGAAUGCCCAGGCAACAGUUGAUGUACAAAUAAAAAAGGAGCCGUUGGUAAUGGCAGGGCAUAGCUUGAGGACGAGUGGAUUGAGGGAAAAUGUUCAUUAG